AUGGCAUCACCUGUUUCCUCUAUCACGUUGGCAGAUUUUUGUGCUUUAGUAUCUUUCUUCGUUUUGUAUUGCAGUGCCGACUUCGCAAGUCUCUAUUUAUUAUGUGGCCAACAAGUCCACUCUUCCAAUGCCUUCUCUCUCAAGCACGUUCGUUCACAGAUCUGUGACGGAUGCAAAGCCAAACCGACUUAUUUUCUCUACUCCGAUGAUAAUCUUAUGCUCUGCCACGACUGUGAUCAGAAUUCAUGUAGCGCCAAUGAAUUUUAUGGUUCAGCUACGCACCAGUAUUCUCCGGUUGAAGGCUUCCCAGGUCGUCAUUUCGUGAUUUUACUGGCUUCGCUCUUCGGUUUUGACUUGAAACUAAAAGAUUUAAUGGAUUUAAUUCCCGGGUUUUCUUUGUACGAGCGAGAACUGGCGAAUAUUGAAGAUUUUAUGCCCCCUGAAGAGAAUUCUUGCGUUUCACCUACUUUGCUUAGCUCUGUUAAGCUCGACCAUGAAGUGUAUAGGCAACUCGUCGAGAUGGGGAAGCGGGAUUUGGUGAGAGUAAGCGUCGAUGGAGAUGUAUAA